GACUCAUCGUUGGGGUGAUCUUGAGAUAUGGGACUCCCUCUACCAGCGGCCACGAUAAGCCGUUCAGCUGCUCACAGGAGGACAGGCCGUUUACAACGCUGCUGGUCAACGUCAGCGGGAAGUUCUUUGAGUAUACACUCAAAGGGGAAAUAAGCCCUGGGAAGAUCCACAACGUAGAGCAAAAUGACAUGUUGCGGAAGGUAACAUUUGACCCAGAAGUUUUUUUCAACAUUCUGUUGCCUCCUAUUAUUUUUCAUGCUGGUUAUAGCCUGAAGAAAAGACACUUUUUCAGGAAUUUGGGGUCCAUCUUGGCUUAUGCCUUUUUAGGAACAGCAGUCUCUUGUUUUAUUAUUGGGAAUCUCAUGUAUGGGGUUGUGAAACUAAUGAAGUUGGUGGGUCAGCUCUCUGGUAAAUUCUAUUAUACAGACUGCCUCCUCUUUGGAGCUAUCAUAUCUGCCACUGAUCCAGUUACCGUGCUAGCAAUAUUUAAUGAGCUGCAUGCUGAUGUUGAUCUCUAUGCACUUCUGUUUGGAGAGAGCGUGUUGAAUGAUGCUGUUGCCAUUGUAUUAUCUUCAUCUAUAGUUGCAUACCAGCCAACAGGUGAAAAUACCCAUGCUUUUGAUGCAGCAGCGUUUUUCAAGUCUGUCGGUGUUUUUCUGGGAAUAUUCAGUGGUUCUUUCAUGAUGGGAGCAGUGACAGGAGUAGUGACAGCUCUGGUGACGAAGUUUACCAAGUUGCACUGCUUCCCCCUGCUGGAAACGGCUCUCUUCUUCUUGAUGUCCUGGAGCACCUUCUUGCUUGCAGAAGCUUGCGGAUUUACUGGUGUGGUGGCUGUCCUCUUCUGUGGAAUAACCCAGGCACAUUAUACGUACAAUAACUUGUCGGUUGAAUCAAGAAGUCGCACUAAGCAGCUCUUUGAGGUGUUGCACUUCUUGGCUGAGAACUUCAUAUUUUCUUAUAUGGGUUUGGCACUGUUUACUUUCCAGAAACACAUAUUCAGUCCAGUUUUCAUCAUUGGAGCUUUUAUUGCAAUCUUUUUUGGCAGAGCUGCACAUAUCUACCCUCUCUCCUUCUUGUUGAAUCUGGGCAGAAGGCAUAAGAUCAGCUGGAACUUUCAGCACAUGAUGAUGUUUUCAGGUCUCAGGGGAGCCAUGGCAUUUGCUUUGGCCAUACGAGAUACUGCUACCUACUCACAUCAAAUGAUGUUCUCAACAACUCUCCUCAUCGUCUUUUUCACUGUGUGGAUUGUUGGUGGAGGUACAACUCCCAUGCUCUCAUGGCUGAACAUCAGGGUUGGGGUUGACCCAGAUCAGGAUCCUCCACCUACUAACGACAGCUUUCAAGUCUUACAAGGAGAUGGCCCAGAUUCUGAAAGAAGGAACAGGACAAAGCAGGAAAGUGCUUGGCUCUUCAGGCUAUGGUAUAGCUUUGACCAUAAUUAUUUAAAGCCAAUUCUCACUCACAGUGGCCCUCCAUUAACCACAACUCUACCCAGCUGGUGUGGUCUGGUCGCCCGCUGUCUGACAAGUCCCCAGGUUUAUGAU